UCGGAGGACACUCAUUAGCAGCGGACAUCAACAGCUACGACAGGGCUGUAUUCUGACUGUAUAUUUUUUGGACAGCUCGGACAGAGGUUUCUGUCGUUUAAAACACAAGUAUGUCUAUUUUUACGCCAACAAAUCAGAUACGACUAACAAAUGUGGCGGUGGUCAGGAUGAAAAAAGGAGGGAAGCGGUUCGAAAUCGCCUGCUACAAGAAUAAAGUAAUGAGUUGGAGAUCAGGAGCAGAGAAAGACCUGGACGAAGUUCUGCAGACACACUCAGUUUUUGUUAACGUGUCCAAGGGUCAGGUAGCGAAAAAGGACGAUUUGACCAAAGCCUUUGAGACAGAUGACCUGACGGAAAUAUGUAAACAGAUUUUGGCCAAAGGAGAGCUCCAAGUGUCGGACAAGGAGCGGCAGACUCAGCUGGAGACCAUGUUCAGGGACAUUGCAACAAUUGUGGCAGAAAAGUGUGUCAACCCUGAGACCAAGCGACCGUACACGGUCAGUCUCAUUGAGCGGGCCAUGAAGGACAUUCACUACUCCAUCAAAGCUAAUAAGAGCACUAAGCAGCAGGCUCUGGAAGUGAUCAGGCAGCUGAAGGAGAGCAUGGCAAUCCAGAGGGCCCACAUGAGGCUCCGCUUGGUGCUGCCAGCCAAAGAGGCCAAGAGGGUGAAGGAGAAGCUGAAACCACUCCUACAGGUCGUGGAGACUGAAGACUUUGAUGAGGAGCUGGAAAUGGUUUGUCUUGUGGAUCCGGGCUGUUUCAGAGAGAUCGAUGAGCUGAUUCGCUGUGAGACUAAAGGCAAAGGCUCUCUGGAGGUUCUCAGUCUGAAGGACGUGGAGGAAGGAGAUGAGAAGCUAUAGUGAACCAAUCUGCCUUCACACUGCACUUUAUCUACUCUAACGCUUCAAUGCAGAACAGAAACUGCAAACUCAGUAAUUCACGCUCCAUUAAUAACACUGCUGCAGGCCGGGUUGUUUCCACCUGUGUGACUGUGUGCCCCGCAUUACUUUAGUCUAGUAAUAUAUGUAGUGUUAUAAUUAAUGGGUUUGCUGUGUAACAAAUAAUUAUUUAACAGUAUGUUUUCUUGUAUUUUAACGCAAGUUAAAUCAGAAAUGAUAACAGAUCUAAUAGUAUAGUGCUUCAAAUAAGAAACAGCAUAACAUCCUGGACUGAAAAAUCUGAAGCUUUCGCAUCAUAGUAAUUUGCCUCGUGAAAAGUAACUCUUGUACAAAGCAAAAUAGAGAAACUUAAAUAGUAUUAAAAUGACAUGAAUAAAUUUUUCUCUAAUAGUUUUUUAUUUUCAUUUGGCAAUUACAGCAAUUUGGGCUGUAGAGAAAUUCGGCACGUAGAUGAGAAGCGAAAACUACAAUGAUUUUAAAGGUUUGAGGAAAACGUUAAUCGUCACUGGUCAUUCAUGGUAAAAGAUAACCAUAUUCUUACAGUUCAGGAUAAUCGGCUUGAAAGUUUCAUUCAAUUUGUCUUUGAGUUGAAGAACGAAAGUUUUAUUUUUUUAUUUAGAGUAAAUAUUGGAAAAAACUGCUGACAUUUUGUGUUUUAGGUCAACUUUCACUGUAAAGUUGAUGAAACAUAAAUCAUCAUGUUCUGUGAUCUACAUUCACAUGAAGCAACUUCCAAACAUUGUAAACGACACAUACAGAACUAAAAUGUUGAUUAGAAAUAAAUGUUGUUAAGCUACUCAAAA